AUGCCGGAUGGGGAUACGAUGACGGAGGAUGUGAAAACUGGCAGUGUGCGGCAGUGUCAGGCGGAGCUGACGCCGUGUGAUCAAGGGGAAAGAAAAGAGAAAUCGAUCCGAGUGAGCACGUUUCUCAUCAUCACCAACCAGUUGCAACCACAGCCCAUCACAGCCGCCAGCAUCCACCAGACCAUAAGACACUCUGGUCCCACUGCCCGACGCCACAAAUUUCAUUCUCGGUCGCCGUAUGCUCUCCCUCCCAACAAUAUUUCACACCCUAUUCCAACACCUACCAGUCUUGACGAAGGCCCUACAUCUGUCCGCUGA